AUGGAUCUUCAACAAUUACCAAUAAUUUAUCAGAGUGAAGAAAGACGAAUCGAAGGAUUUGAUGUUGAAAUCAAAAGAAAAGAGCAAGGUGGGAAUCAAAACGAUGAAGAAGAAGACGAUGAAGAAGAAGAAGACGAUGGAGGAGAAGACGAUGAAGGAGAAGACGGUGGAGGAGAAGACGAUGAAGGAGAAGACGGUGGAGGAGAAGACGGUGGAGGAGAAGACGGUGGAGGAGAAGACGAUGAAGGAGAAGACGGUGGAGGAGAAGACGGUGGAGGAGAAGACGGUGGAGGAGAAGACGGUGGAGGAGAAGACGGUGGAGGAGAAGACGGUGGAGGAGAAGACGGUGGAGGAGAAGACGGUGGAGGAGAAGACGGUAGAGGAGAAGACGGUGGAGGAGAAGACGGUGGAGGAGAAGACGGUGGAGGAGAAGACGGUGGAGGAGAAGACGGUGGAGGAGAAGACGGUGGAGGAGAAGAUGACGAAGGAGAAGACGAUGAAGGUGAAGACGAUGAAGGAGAAGACGAUGAAGGAGAAGAAGAUGAAGGAGAUCAAUAUCAU